GAGCUUGGUAUGCUGUUGAGGUUCGAAAUAUGAAGCUCACAAAUAUUCAUUACAAAAAGCCGUCAGUGAGCCUUUAAUUAUGGCAACCGCUCGUCUCCGAAAGACAUUCCGCUACCCCGAUUUGGACAGUGAUGACGGCCAGCGGGGGGAGCUUGACGAACAAGAGCAGGAAAUUUUAAUACAGGAUCUCCGCUGCCAAGAUGAAAAGCAGAAUGCCCAGUACAAGCUCAUUUUUACGGCCAUCCCUCUGAUUUCCUCAAUAACCUAUCUUCCUUUCUUGCUUGUGCAGAGUCUAAGUGCGCCACAAAAGAUUUUCUGUUUUCUGGGAAUCGGAUCCCUGUUAUCCACGGCAUACAGCAUGUGGAAAUUUAUACCAUCCUACCUAGAUACAAAGGGAGAUCGUCGAAUAAGGGAUAAUAAUCGAGAAGAUGGAUUAUUAAAGAAAUAUUUAGGCUUGAGCAAUGCCCUAGUUUCCGCGUUCCUUUUUCUAGCUGCUUAUCUCCUUGGGGAUUCAUCCGUUUCCAAAGAAGUUCUACGAAUAUUAUACGUUGUACCUGGUGUGAUCUAUUUUAUUACCUUCAUGGUUCGAAGAGCCAUGAUAUCUGUUGACAUAGGAGAGUUAGAACGCCUGCGGUAUGACUUUAAAGGUGCCUAAUUUAGGAUUGGUCCAUUCCAGAUUUCUCAGUAUUCACCACUCUCUUACAGUGUUCUGGGCCUUGAGUAGAACUUGUUUCCCGCGAUACUGUGUUGCUUUGCUGGUGCACCUUCCCCCCCUUUAUUGAUACUUUAUGAGAAUGUACCAUUUAUCCCGCCC